AACCGUAUUUUGCCCCAACACGCCAUUGGCGUGAAAUCACAAAUGUUCCAAAAUUUUUUGAACAGACCUUGUAUGUUCUGAAACGGAAAUUCCUGACCUGAGAAACUUAACUGGUCUGUGUGUUUUAGACUUUUUCUGCACUGUUGUUAGUGUCUCAAGCUUAGUGGUGUGAGAGCUGAUUUAAGUUAGAGCUGCUAUAAUAAUCAGUGACACUUCAGAUAGAUUAUAUAAUGGUAAGACAGAGAUUUAGGAACCAGGUUUUAAAUUGUAAGGCAUUUCCAGGGGUUGAUGUGGACUCUGACCACAAUCUAUUGGUUAUGACCUGUAGAUUAAAACUGAAGAAACUGCAAAAAGGUGGGAAUUUAAGGAGAUGGGACCUGGAUAAACUAAAAGAACCAGAGGUUGGACAUAGUUUCAGGGAGAGCACAAGGGAGCAAUUGAUAGGAAUGGGGGAAAGAAAUACAGUAGAAGAAUGGGUAGCUUUGAGGGCUGAAGUAGUGAAGGCGGCAGAGGAUCAAGUAGGUAAAAAGAUGAGGGCUAAUAGAAAUCCUAGGGUAACAGAAGAAAUAUUGAAUUUAAUUGAUGAAAGGAGAAAAUAUAAAAAUGCAGUAAAUGAAGCAGGCAAAAAGGAAUACAGACGUCUCAAAAAUGAGAUCGACAGGAAGUGCAAAAUGGCUAAGCAGGGAUCGCUAGAGAACAAAUGUAAGGAUGUAGAGGCUUAUCUCACUAGGGGUAAGAUAGAUACUGCCUACAGGAAAAUUAAAGAGACCUUUGUAGAUAAGAGAACCACUUCCAUGAACAUCAAGAGCUCAGAUGGAAACCCAGUUCUAAGCAAAGAAGGGAAAGCAGAAAGGUGGAAGGAGUAUAUAGAGGGUCUAUAGAAGGGCGAUGUACUUUAGGACAAUAUUAUGGAAAUGGAAGAGGAUGUAGAUGAAGAUGAAAUGGGAGAUAUGAUACUGCAUGAAGAGUUUGACAGAGCACUGAAAGAUCUAAGUUUUCAUACAAGGCCCCAGGAGUAGACAAUAUUCCAUUAGAAUUACGGAUAGCCUUGGGAG